UAAACACCAUUUUACAAGAAAAAAAACGUUUGCACACUCAAAUAGCUUGUUUAUAAAAGUUCAGGCACUAUUAGUAUAACUUUUCUAAUUAAAAAUAUUUCCCUCGCUUUUCCGGUUAUGAACGAUGAAAUUCAACGGCAACGAAGAAACACCCACUCAAACCAAUGACUCCUGCAAAUUCCCUCCUAAAAUGGCUACUCAAAAACCCUAAUUUCAUAAAAUCAGAGCACCAAGCCAGAGAAUUACACGCCCAAAUCCUCAAAUUCAAACCUUCCUCACAGACUAAUCUCUCAAUUCUCAUCUAUAUCUACUCCAAUUUCAACCUCUUACACCACUCUCUCCUUCUCUUCAAAACCCUUCACUCACCGCCAACUCUCGCCUACCAAUCGAUCAUCAGAUGUCACACUGCCAAUGCCCUUUUUACCCAGUCCUUGUCCUAUUUUAUUCAAAUGACAGCGUCUGGUAAAAACCUGAAUCAAAAUGUGUUUCCUUCUGUGUUGAAGGCGUGUACUUCUUUGUUGGAUGUUAGAUUAGGUGAAUCAGUCCAUGGUUGCGUUAUUAGGUCAGCUAUGGACUUUGAUUUGUCCACUUGUAAUGCCCUUUUGAAUAUGUACGCGAAAUUUCAGAGCUUGGAUGUGAAAAACUCGCUAUGUAACGUGUUUGAUGAAAUGCCUGAGAGAGUUUUUUAUAGUGAAUUGUUGGAUAAAUUUGAGGGUGUUGAUCAAAAUGUUGGAUUGAAUCGGGUUUUGUCUCGAAGUAGUGUAGAUAACAACUCUAUUGGUGAAUCUUGUAGGGAACGUGGAAGAAGUCGUGAUUUGCUAUGUAGGAAUUCGAGUAUUGAUGCUGUUAGGAAGGUUUUUAAAAUGAUGCCGCGAAGAGAUCUUGUUUCUUGGAAUACGGUUAUUGCGGGAAAUGCACAUAGUGGCAUGUAUGAAGAAGCUUUGAUGAUGGUCAGGGAGAUGGGGAAUGACAAUUUGAAGCCUGAUUCGUUCACUUUGUCAAGUGUGCUUCCUAUCUUUGCAGAAUAUGUGAAUGUUGAUAAGGGAAAAGAGAUACAUGCAUAUGGUAUAAGACAUGGCCUUGACAGAGAUGUGUUUAUCGGGAGUGGCUUGAUAGACAUGUAUGCAAAAUGCACUCGGGUGGAAGAUUCAUUACGGGUGUUCAGCUUGCUGCCAGCACGAGAUGCCAUUUCUUGGAACUCUAUUAUUGCCGGGUGCAUGCAGAACAGCCUAUUUGAUGAAGGGUUCAGAUUCUUUCGGCAGAUGUUGAAGGCUAAUAUUAGACCUCGGCCUGUUUCUUUUUCUAGUAUCUUACCAGCUUGUGCUAAUCUAACGACAUUAAAUUUGGGAAAGCAACUUCAUGCAUAUAUAUUAAGAGGCGGAUUUGAUAAUAAUGUAUUUAUAGCUAGUUCGCUUCUGGAUAUGUACGCCAAAUGUGGAAAUGUUAAAGCAGCUAGAUGGAUCUUCGAUAAAAUGGAGAAACACGACAUGGUAUCAUGGACAGCCAUAAUCAUGGGAUACGCUUUUCAUGGCCAUGCCCGCGAAGCUGUUUCCUUAUUCAACGAGAUGGAGAUUAAGGGAGUGAGACCAAACUAUGUGGCGUUUAUAGCUGUUUUAACAGCUUGUAGUCAUGCAGGUUUGAUAGAUGAAGCUUGGAGAUACUUUAACAUUAUGACUCAGAAUUACGGGAUUGCACCGGGCGUAGAACACUACGCUGCAAUGGCAGACCUUCUCGGUAGAGCAGGAAAGUUGGACGAAGCUUAUAAGUUAAUUUCAAGUAUGGAUAGACCUACUGGGAGUGUUUGGUCAACGUUGCUUGCUGCUUGUAGAGUUCACAAGAACGUCGACUUGGGUGAAAAAGUUGCGGAGAAGAUAUUCGAGGUUGAUCCAGAUAAUGUGGGAGCCUAUGUUCUGUUGUCAAACAUCUAUGCAGCUGCUCGGAGAUGGAAAGAUACAUCGAAGUUGCGAGCCUAUAUGAGGGAUAAGGGAAUAAAGAAAAGUCCUGCUUGUAGCUGGAUUGAAGUUAAGCAUAAGACGCAUGCUUUCGUGUCAGGCGACAAGUCUCAUCCAAAUUACGAUAGAAUACAUGAAUUUUCGGAAAUCCUGCUAGAGAAAAUGGAGCAACUAGGUUAUGUUCCUGACACAGCUGAGGUACUUCAUGAUAUUGAGGAAGAGCAGAAGAAAAAGUUAUUAUAUGGCCACAGUGAGAGACUUGCCAUAGCAUUUGGCAUAAUCAGUACACCUUCUGGGACAACAAUUCGAGUUACGAAGAACAUUAGGGUCUGUUCGGAUUGUCAUACAGCCACGAAAUUCAUAUCGAAGAUAGUCGAAAGAGAGAUAAUCGUGAGGGAUAAUAACCGGUUUCAUUAUUUCAAGGAUGGAAAGUGUUCGUGUGGAGAUUAUUGGUGAUAAGAUUGAAGAAAAGAAAAUAGUACUCCAAAUCAGACAGGAAAUGUUAAAGGCAAUACCUAUAUUUGGCCCCUGUAUUUAGUGGGAUUUUCAUUUUAGACCUUCAACUAUAUUUUCUCCGCAAUUCAUCCCUAUACAUUCCAUUUCGGUUA